AUCGCAGCAGCAAAGCGGAUAUUGAGCUGGGAGCUCAAACAGAGCAUGCAGAUGGAAGUCAAUGCCGUUAGCAGGUCUGUCUCGGAGCUGUCGGAGGCUGUGGUGCGCCUGGAGGCGGUUUCAUCCGCGCCUGCUAAUCCAGCUACCAGCUCGGCGGUGAGCCGUCUCGGAGAGGAGCUUCAGAAGAGAGUGUGGCAAAAGUUGGAGAGCAAGAUCCAUGAGAUUGUGGACGGUGCUCUGUCGAGGGCUUCAACAAGAGCAGGCAAGACAGCUUCACAUCCAUUAGAGGCCUAUGGAUUCGAAGAUUUCGAUCUCAAUGGCGACGGGAUAGUCACCAGAGAUAUCUUCGAAGAGGCUCGCAAGAAGAUCAUGGCAGGUCACUUGGAGGAGCCGAGGAAGGCCACUGCUACCUGCGAGCCCCCAACCCUCUCAAGGCCCUCAGAGCCAAAAGCCACAAAAAGCCUCCUGCGAUACCUCUACUCGCGCGCCGCUCCACGCCUGAAAACGCUGGAGAACCACGCAGCCACGCGCUUCGUGGUCGGGCGCUUGUUGAGCAGAGGCCUGCAGAGAGCGCUCAUGCUCGGACCUGCGCCGGAUGCUUUGGCUGAAGCAAAGCGAGACAUCGCAGCCAUUCGAGCGUCCAGGUUGCGGAUCGAAGAUGCGACGCGGAAGGCGGAAGAGUUAGUUCAUGCGGCUUCAACCAGGGUGCAGGCCGCGGCGCGUGGGCGACUGGUCCGUCGCGAGAAGGAUCUGGUGAAGAAAAGCACAAUCACACUUCAGCGGGCCCUCCGUCGGCUGAAGCUCCGAAGACAAGGCAAGAAGGUCGACUUUUCUGCGGUGGUCGCGGCCGCAACAGAACAGCGGAAGGAAUGGGCCAUGGAGUUCGAAAGAGUCGCUCUCGAUGGCACCCUGGAGGAGCACGCCUUCAUAGAAGCUUUGCUCCGAUCUUCCCCGACGAAGGUGUCUCAGGUGCAGGCCGAAAAGUUGUGGGCGGGCUUCCUGGAGCACAGUGAAGUCCCGGGGCCCAUGGCAAUCUCCACUUUCUGGGCCAUCUGUGAGGCGGUGGAGCAAGGCGACGAACUGGCGGCCGACUUUGCAGACAUACCGGUGGAGGAGUAUGCUUCCUAUGGCUGCCAAGCAACUCCCCAAUCCGAAGAACAGAUGCGUGCGGCGCAGAGAAUCCAAGCCGCGCAGCGGGGUCGUCAAGCCCGGCG